GAAGGAGGGAGGCUCUGGGGGUCUGCCCUCCUCCUCUUCCUCCUCCUCCUCCCUCCCUCCCUCCUCCCUCCCCGGCCCCCCAUGAAACGCGCUUGCCUGCCCGGCGCCGGCCAGAGGCGCUGCAAAGGAACUGCCGCUGCAGACUCGCCGGCGAGCGCGGCCGGCAGCCAGCCCAGGAGGGAGCCCGUUGCUGCCCGAGAGCCACCCAAGGCCAACGGCUGCCAUGGCUGCCGCAAGAGUCGUCUGCCUCCUUGUUGUGCUGAUGGUCCCUCUCUGCUUCUCCCGAUCCAGGCAUCUUCCAACAGCGGCCGAGGAAGACAAUGGUGGGAGUGGGGAGGGGGAGGGGGCUUCCUCCGUCUCCCCCCCUGCAAGCGUGACAGUGAGUAGUGUCCAUCCCACCUUGGGCGACAUCCUCGUGACCUCGGUGAACGAGACGUCAGCCACCCUCACCCUACUGGAUGGGAUUGUGGAUUUCUUCCGAGAGUACAUGCUGUUGAUCAUUGUGGUGGGUUCUUUGGUCUUCAUCUUCAUGUUCAUCGUCUGCGCCGCCGUCAUCGUCCGGCAGAAGCACAAGGCCUCAGCCUAUUACCCGUCAUCUUUCCCCAAGAAGAAGUACGUGGACCAGAAUGACAGAUUGGGGGGUGCCAAAUCUUUCAGCGAAGUGCCUGAGAAGGUGGGUGAUUCCUGCCAGGAAGAGCCUGUGGAUUCCACCAAACAGCUGCAGGCGGAUAUUUUAGCAGCCGCUCAGAACCUUAAAUCCCCAACCAAGGCGGUCACAGCUAAUGGAGAGAGUGCCAAGACAGAGGAGAAACCAACCAAGGAAAGGGAGGAAGGAGCUCAGGCACCAGAGGUGGACAGAAAGGAAGAAGAAGGAGCUACCAAAACCCAGGAUUGUCCACAAGAGAAGACUGAACUUCCAACCGAGACUUCAGCUACCCACAAUCCAGCAGAUGCUGAAGUCGAUGGAGGAGAUCCGCCACCCAGUGUGGAAAGUCAGCGGGUGGAGGAAACCGUGCCACUUUCUCCAGAGGAACCCAAGGAACCGGUCGGGACUGAUAACUCCACCGUACAAACCUUGGAAGGUGAGAAUCAGGAGUCUUUGGACCAAAAAGCGUGUGAUGACAGCGCCUCAGGAGACUAAAAACUGUCCAAAAAAACCCCCCUCCAAAUGUUAUUUGCCACCCGCUGGCUUUCGUCUUGGACAUUCAUAGUAUUAGAUCAGUGAUGGACUUACUUUCUACACUGUGGGAAAUGGGAGGUCCUUCCUUCAUUGUAGGAGACCACUUGCUCACCUUCAGUUUCAAAGAAUCUCAUUAGAAGUUGCACGAGGCGUUCGUUGCCUUAAUGGACAUCUCUGGUUCCAGGGAAAUGCACAGCCAAACUCAUCCAACAGAAGGGACCGGUUCGGGGCUGGGCCCUAUGGCUCUGCUAGGCUGCGUGGUGGAGGUCACCUGAUUCCAGGGAAAGCACCAUCAUUAGCCGAACGGAUCCGAGGGGGCCAAGUCAUUAUUUGGUAGUUCACGGUGGACUUGAAGAAAAUCCAAUAGCCAAGUAUCGCCUGGGAGAGGAGCAACAGUCCUUGAGUAGACCUGACUGUAAGCACCCCUCCAAUAGUUCCCCUCAAAUACACAUGGCACCAUUUGUCUCUUGGGUCCAAUUUUGGUGAGUCCCCUUGGAAGUUGCCUCUUCGUGGCCGGUAGCAGCCGGUAUCGUGGCCGGUAUCACCACAUUCCAUGUGACUUUCUAGCUGAACCACUUUUGUUAAAUUUCCUGAUCACAUCAUCUCACUGUCCUCCUGCACCUCGGACCGAUUGUUUACAAUCUGAGCUCACUCGAGGUUGGAUUUCUUCUCCUCUUCACUGACCUCCAGCCCCUUCUUUUGACUGGCUGAUGUUAUAUUCAGGGAUGCGUUCACAUAGUCAUUUCCCAUUCCCUACCAUGGGAAGCAGGAAGCUGCCAGAACAGAGUUGCCCAGUGUGGGACCACUGGUCACCAUGGUGCCCAUCAGUACUUCCCUUGGCAUCCACAGAGCUUUUCAGAAAGUGGGUGGGGCCAGUGGUGGGAUCCAAAAAUUUUAAGAACAGGUUCCGAUGGGGGUGGGAUUCAAACAGUGGCGCCGCCGCACACACGCGCCUCCAGUCCCUAUUGGGCA